AUGGCCCUACCCACUCGCUACGGGGGGAUGAAUAUACCCUUUGGCCCAGGAAGGUUUGCGGACUUUUACCCUACUUUCGCAACGCUGGGCACUGCAUAUCGAGAUGGCGAUGAGAGCCAUACCCGGUUUGUGUAUGCGUUCCAAAUCUCGGCAAGGACUUUCUCUUAUAUCAGCGCACGCCAGUAUUCGUCCUCACGAACAGCCGAUGAAGCCCGAACCUCCCUGGCGACACAAUUCCCUACCCAUAGAACAGCCCAACCUCGCUCAGAAAAACCACAAUCAAACGCCGCAGACUAUGUCCUAACAUCCCUCGACCAAAUCGUCAACUGGGCCCGCCAAGGCUCCCUAUGGCCUCUCAGCUUCGGCCUCGCCUGCUGCGCAAUCGAAAUGAUGCAAACCUCCAUGCCGCGAUACGACCAAGACCGGCUGGGUAUAAUCUUCCGCGCCUCUCCCCGGCAAGCCGACGUCAUGAUCGUAGCCGGGACCGUGACGAAUAAGAUGGCGCCCCCGCUGCGGCAGUGCUAUGAUCAAAUGCCCGAUCCGAAAUGGGUAAUUAGCAUGGGCAGUUGUGCGAACGGGGGCGGAUAUUAUCACUACAGUUAUAGUGUAGUGCGGGGUGUUGAUAGGAUUAUUCCGGUGGAUGUUUAUGUCCCGGGGUGUCCGCCUACGCCGGAGGCUUUGUUGUAUGGGAUAUUCCAGUUGCAGAAGAAGAUGAGGAAUACCAGGGUUACCCGGAUGUGGUAUAGGAGAUAG